GAGACCCCGAGCACUGACAGGGCUGAUGACGCUCCGCGCCUCUGUGAUCUUUUUGCUACAAAAUCCUGGUGACAACUUUAUCUCACUGUGAUUUUGUAGUAUAAACAUCAGAGGCGUCAUCAGCCCUGUCAGUGCCCGGGGUCUCCGCUGUCCGGGCCGCGCUCUCUGUCAGGCAGCGGAUUAUCUGAAAGAUUCAGAGGCCGAAGGGUUUUCUCCUGUCUGGAGGCGGCGCCCGCGGCUAGCCCCGCCCCUCCAGCUGAGAUUGAAAAAGUAGUCCGGGGACAUGUUCCUAGUGUACAGAUGGACCAUAUCACCGGGAGGCGCUGGUCUGUGGUGGUCGCUGCUGCCUCCUGUGCGACAUCUCGGCUUGUGAUGGAGGUAACGAAGAUGAUGGCGGCGGCGCUCAGCACCGUUACUUCAGGUGUCCUCAUCAUCCUGGCUGUACUACUACUCUCAUCAGAAGGACACUAUGUGCAGAGAGGAUCAGACAUAACUAGCUGCAGCAUUAAAUGCCCUGAUGAGAAAUCCGUCCUGAGUCUGUACACACUAUGUGGCGGUAAUGAGACGCUUCUCGCGGAGCGGUGGUGUGAUGACAAGUGGAGCGGUAAUGUCACUGAGCCCAGAUUUCUCCUGGACACAAGCAGCGGGUGCUGGACCCUGACAGGUGCCGAGAAAAGCGACUCCUGCAGGUACAAUCUCUGGCUUCAUAACAGUUCAGGAGGUUUCCUCCACUCGACAGACGUCACAGUCCUAGAUCCUGUUCUCAUCACCAGCAUAACCAGUAACUCCAGCCGGCUGGGUGAGGACAUUGCUGUGAGCGUCCACUUCUCUGGAGAGGAGACGGCUGUGGCCUGGGAGGUGGACGGGGGGCGUCUUCUCGACAGAUACCAUCUGAUAGACGACAACAGGACGCUGAUCAUCCUGAGAGCCCAGAAAGACGAUGCCGGGCGGAGACUCGGGGUCCGGAUCACAAACCCCGUCAGUAACAAGACUCUGGAGCAUCAGCUGCAGAUUACAGAUCCGGGACAAGCUUGGAUUCUUAUUUGUGGUGUUUCUGCUGCUGUGAUUGGUUUCCUGAUACUUCUCAUCGUUGUGCAGCGUCGUAAGAAGAUGAAGCUGAAUCAUUCAGAAGAACAUGGACGACUGAGCAGCAGCUCCCCAGAUGCAGAUAGAGAAGAAGACGGGGCAGAGGAAUCUCGUGUAUCAGCAGACUAUGGCGGAGUCUCGUGUAUCAGCAGACUAUGGAGAAAUCUCAUGAACAUUAUCAGCAGACUAUGGCGGAGUCUCGUGUAUCAGCAGACUAUGGAGAAAUCUCAUGAACAUUAUCAGCAGACUAUGAAGGAAUCUCAAUUAUGAAGAAACUCCGCAGAUGGAGGAGAGGAGACGACAGGUGACGCCCCCAGAAGUCGCACAGAACUGAGCGGACUGUGGCCCUUACUCUGCAGGGAUCCAGAGACUUUGGAUAAUUUUUAUAUUACAGAAUUUUCUAUUAUCUGAUUUGUUUCUAAUCAUGAGAAAAAACAAGACCCUGAACCCAAAGACCUGAGAACAAAACGUUAUUUUUUUUUUUUUAUACGCGGCGUCUAAUUCAUUAAAGGCCCACAUCUCCAUGUCCACUGCAUUUGGAAUUUACUGUAUUUGGACAUUUGCACCUUUUUUCACCUUGAUUCAUGAGACUAUUACUGCGUUUACGGGGCCGACUCCACCCACUUCUCACCACUGCUUGGACAUUUCUCUCCAAAAAUGAAAAUAUUUUGUACAAUUUUAAGAGUUUUUAACCUAAUAAAUGUGGGGCGUAGCACCAGCGGCUCUACAGGACUUACCUCUCCUGUGGCUGCAGUUUUUUUGCCCCUGGCUACAAAUA